AUGUCUAGGUUUUCCCCCGCCCUCAAGGCGGCAAUCAACGCGCCUUUCGCCCGCUCUGGGCCCCUCCCCGCCCCAGAUAAUAUCACUGCCAUCUACUCCGACAUACAGCGCGAAGCUACUUCUAACUCUCUCGGCGUUCUCCCAUGGCUUGCCCUUACCACAGCCGCGACCAUGACCGUCAACUCUCCCGCCUCUCUAACCCUCCUCCACAGCCUCGCCUCUUACAACCCUACCUCCUCCCUCCAAAACGCAGCUUUCAUGCGCGAAGUUGGGCUUAAGACGAUCAGCUUCAAUGGCAUACCCCGCGCCCUCAACCAGCUCGUACACCUCCGGGCUACGCUCCCUACAGAAACCGCGGAGCAGCUCUCCACGACACCGACACGGACUCUCACACCAGAAUCCCUUGAACAAGUGGAGACAAGAGCGAAGGGGCUGUGGAACUCAAUAUACGACCCUCACUCCAGAAAGCUGGAAGCCAAGCUCAAGGCCGCACACCCCGACCUACCCGUACACAUCCUCAGCAACCACUACGGCUCGCUCCUGAGUGAUUUCCCAGGCGUGCAUAAACCCGCCGUGGGAAGAGUGCUAACCUCACUGGUGGCCAUCGCAUGUCUACGCGCGCAGACGGGUGUGGGUCCUCAGGUUGUGUCACACAUAUAUGGUCUGCGGAAGGGCAUCAAUGAGGGCGGCGAGGAAGUGGGCGAGGGUGAGAAGUGGCUCGGAGGGGAUGAGGGAAAUUUGUGGGCAUUGGGGGCUGUAGAUCGCAUUGUGGAGGCGAUAGCAGGUAAAGAGGGAUCAUUUGCCAGUUGA